CGGAGGGCCGGGUGGGUCUCCUGGGAUUGGGGUGCUCCCGUGCCCGGAGUUUGCGUCCCCUGCGCCCCCGCCAUGCGCCCACCUCGCCCCCGUGCCGCGCUGCUCGCGCUCCUGGCCGCGUCCCUCGCGGCCGCCGAGGUUCCGCACCUGGUGCGCGUGGACGCGGCCCGCGCGCUGCGUCCCCUGCAGCCCUUCUGGAGGAGCACCGGUUUCUGUCCCCCACUGCCGCACAGCCAGGCUGACCGGUAUGACCUCAGCUGGGACCAGCAGCUCAACCUGGCCUACGUGGGUGCCGUCCCUCAUGGUGGCAUGGAACAGGUUCGGACCCACUGGCUGCUGGACCUCAUCACGGCCAGGGGGUCAGCCAGGCAGGGCCUGAGCUACAACUUCACCCACCUGGACCGGUACCUGGACCUUCUCAGGGAGAACCAGCUCGUCCCAGGCUUUGAGCUGAUGGGCAGCCCCUCCGGACGCUUCACUGACUUCGAGGACGAGCGGCAGGUGUUCGAGUGGAAGAACCUGGUUUCCCUCCUGGCCAGGAGAUACAUCGGUAGGUACGGCCUCAAGCACGUUUCCAAGUGGAAUUUCGAGACGUGGAACGAGCCGGACCACCACGACUUUGACAACGUGUCCAUGACCUUGCAAGGUGGGCAGGCCGGCCUCCUGGGGUCCUGCGGAUCUGAGAGGGGGUGGCAGCCGCCCCUCCGGCGCGGGGGUGUGGACUCGGUGUCCCUCCCGCCCAGGCUUCUUGAACUACUACGACGCCUGCUCCGAGGGUCUGCGAGCCGCCAGCUCGGCUCUGCGCCUGGGCGGCCCCGGAGACUCCUUCCACCCGCUGCCGCGCUCCCCGCUCUGCUGGGGCCUCCUGGAGCACUGCCACAACGGCACCAACUUCUUCACCGGGGAGGUGGGCGUGAGGCUGGACUACAUCGCCCUCCACAAGAAGGUCAAGCCCGGGAUCCCCGCCCUUCCGUCCGUCCCCGCCCCCAACCCAGCGCCUACGCGGGGGUCCCCCGCACGCGGCAACCCCAGAAUGCCCGCCUGCUGCCUGCAGCCCCGCCGCCCCUCCGCGGCGGUCUCGGGGGUUGCUCAGGUGGGGCCUCUGCGCAGGGCGCGGGCAGCUCCAUCUACAUCCUGGAGCAGGAGGCGGCGGUCGUGCGGCAGAUACAGCGGCUCUUCCCCAAGUUCGCGGACACCCCCGUUUACAACGACGAGGCCGACCCGCUGGUGGGCUGGUCCCUGCCGCAGCCCUGGAGGGCUGACGUGACUUACGCUGCCAUGGUCGUGAAGGUCAUCGCACAGCACCAGAACCUGCUGGUGGCCAACACCAGCUCCUCCGUCCGCUACGCGCUCCUAAGCAAUGACAACGCCUUCCUGAGUUACCACCCGCACCCCUUCUCUCAACGCACGCUCACUGCGCGCUUCCAGGUCAACAACACGCGCCCGCCGCACGUGCAGCUGCUGCGCAAGCCGGUGCUCACGGCGAUGGCCCUGCUGGCCCUGCUGGACGGCGAGCAGCUCUGGGCUGAGGUGUCGCGGGACGGGACGGUGCUGGACAGCAACCACACGGUGGGCGUCCUGGCCAGCACCCACCACCCCAUGGGCCCCGCCGAUGCCUGGCGCGCCACGGUGCUGGUCUACGCGAGCGACGACACCCGCGCCCAUGCCAACCGCAGCGUACCCUUGACUCUGAGCCUGUACGGGGUGCCCCCGGGUCCGGGAUCCGGCGGCCGUGAUGCCGCUCCCUUUUCCCAGCAGCGGCCGCCUGACGCUGCGCCCAGAGCUUCCUCUGCCCUCGCUCUGGCUGGUGCACGUGUGCGCGCGCCCGGAGGAGCCGCCGGGGCAGGUGCCUGUGGACCUACGAGAUCCAGUUCUCCCCGGAGGGUGUGGUGUACCUGCCCAUCAACAGGAAGCCUUCGACCUUUAACCUCUUUGUGUUCAGCCCAGACACGGCUGUUGUCUCCGGCUCCUACCGGGUUCGUGCUGUGGACUACUGGGCCCGACCAGGCCCCUUCUCGAGCCCCGUGUGGUACCUGGGGGUCCCCACCCUGUGAGGGCCACUGCUGCCCCGCGACUGGACCUGUGCUGACCGUAAGCCUGGGUGGCCAGAAGCCAUGCUGGGCCAGAGUGCCGUCAGCCGGUCAUCCCCUCUGUUUGUCCCCUCCUGCCCCUCAUUCACCCCCUUAAAGUGCCUUUCCACACACAGUAAUGGGGACGGCCUUCGUGGUGGGCACUGGGCAGACACGAGGCCUGGCUGGAGUGAGGCCAUCCCCGCCUCGCCCCACCCCUGCCUGUGGGAGCCGGGAUGGGACUCGGGUCGAGCGCAGACAGGUGUGAGUUGCCCAGCCCUGCGCGCCUGGGGUCUCUGGCGUCACCGCUGGGUGCAGCAGGCCCCAUUCCCAGCCCCUGCGCCAGGAGGGCCCAGAGGGUUCCCACUUCCUGAGGCCCAGCCCGGCUGCCCCCUGCACCCUGCCUGGCCCAGACUGUCCCCAGUUGCAGGGGAGGCCGACAGUGUCCACUCCUGCAGUCAUCUGGGCUCCUUACCUGGGUCCAGGAGGAAGCAGCACGCCCAGAAGAGGGCGACUUGGGGACUGUGGAUGGACAUGUGGACGGGGGCAGGGAAGCCACGAGGGGUGGUGUGGAGCCCUGGGGCUCCUCCCCAACCCCCACGCCCAGCCCAGGCCACCUGGUGAGGCCACGUGGCGAGGAGCGGGGGUGCAGCCAGUCUGGAGCGAUGCAAGCGGGAGUGGGGGCUCCGACCCACCCUCCUCUCUCUGCUGCCCUCCGAGCCGCCUGGGCUCAGGGAUGGGUGAGGCAGGCCUGGCAGGGCACACGCAAGGCAAGGCCCAGUCACCCCCGGCUCCUGUCCACAUGGAAAGGGCGGGGCACCAGGGCCCACCAGCGGCCUCAUCCUGGGCUGGGGAUGUCAGCGUGAGCGUUCUCCACCUGAACCCCAAAGCCAGCACCUGUCCCCAUUGCCCUUGGCCGCUGGGGAGGCUUCAGGGCUUGGUGCCUGGGGCCCGGCUGUUACAUACAAGGGGUGCUGGGGUGCCCAGUGGGCCCCCGGUCUCUGGGCGUUGUCUUCCUGCCUCGUCAGGAAGCUCUAGCUGCAUGCGGCUACGUGACCAAGCACCACGGUGGGCAGGUGGCCCGUACAGCAGAGGCUCAUUCUCUCGCAUCCUGGAGGCCGCAGCCUGAGGGCAGGGGUUCCUCCUGAGGGCGCUCUCCUUGCCUUGCGGACGGCCGCCUCCUCCCCGUGUCCUCACAGGGUCGUCCCUUUGUGUGUGUCUGUGUC